AUGCUUCAGUGCAGCUGGAAACUACAUGCCACCUAUGUUUAUCUUUCCAAGAAAAAGGAUAAUCCAGAGCUGAUGGUGAAUUCACAAGCUGGUGCUUGGGGCACAUGUGAUUCGGGCUGGAUUACUUCCGAGCUGUUCCUCGAAGGGUUUAAGAGAUUUGUGAUUUUCAGUGGAGCAUCUAAAGAGAGACCCCUGCUUCUUUUACUGGAUUGCACAGCACCCAUACUAGAUAUUUAUAUAUAG